AUGCUAAGUUUUCCUCGCGAUCAAAUCGAGAGUCAUCAUCAAUUAUAUUAUCUUGUUGGGCAUCAUAAUGAACCAAAAGAUUUGGCUGUUUGUACAAAAAAUGCAUGGAAAAAUUAUGGUCAUAGAUGCAAAUCAAUAACGGUUUUGCACGAUAUUAAUGUUCGUGUUCCAAGAGGAAUGAUAUAUGGUUUAUUGGGUCCAUCUGGAUGUGGGAAAACAACACUAUUACGUUGUAUAGUUGGUCGUUUAGACUUAAAUCGAGGUGAAAUUCUUGUAUUUGACAAGCCGCCUGGUAGUCGUGGACAUGAAAUUCCAGGUCGAUCCGUUGGUUUUAUGCCACAGGAAACAGCACUUUAUAAAAAUUUUACAAUAUCAGAAAUGCUUCAUCAUUUCGGUCGUCUUCAUAAUAUGAAUCGCAAAGAUAUUUUAGUGCGAGAAGAAUUUCUUAUUUCAUUCCUUGAUUUACCUUCAAAAUCAAAAAAUGUUUCGCAAUUAAGUGGCGGUCAACAACGCCGUGUAUCAUUAGCAUGUGCUCUUCUACAACAGCCUCGAUUAUUAAUUCUCGAUGAACCAACUGUUGGAGUUGAUCCUUUACUUCGAGAAAAAAUUUGGACUCAUCUUAUAAAUAUAUCAAAAACAAGUAAAACAACCAUAAUAAUAACGACUCAUUAUAUCGAAGAAGCAAGAAAAGCAGAUCGUGUUGGACUUAUGCGAAAUGGAAGAAUGUUAGCUGAAGAUGAACCAUCACUUCUUUUGAAUAAAUAUAAUCAAACUAGUUUAGAAAAUGUUUUUCUUCAACUAUGUUGUCAAGAUCAAAAUCGCCUUCAAGAACAAAUGCCAAUCAGUACUAGAGACGGUGAUAGAGAUACUGAUGUACCUGAUGAUGUUGACGAUCAAAAUCUAUCUUCGACUUCAAUUCAUGUAUCAAUUAAUAAAACUAAUCAAGAUUGUCUUCCAUUCGAUGAUCAGAAGAAACAAUUUGAAAAUAACCCAAUGCUCUUUGCUAAACGAAUGGCAUCAAAUUAUUUAAUAUUACCUAAAAUCCAUAAAAUUUAUGCAUUAAUGAUAAAAGAUGUAACAGUAAUUAAAAGAAAUAUUGGUUUUUUAAUGUUUCAAUUUUUGAUUCCUGUUAUUCAAGUUGCACUUUUUUGUCUUUGUAUUGGUCGUAAUCCUGAACAUAUUCCAAUGGCAAUUUAUAAUAGUGAAGCAAUUAAUGGAUUUCCAACAGGAAAUUUAAGUUUACAACUUUUGAAUAAAAUAAAUCCUGAUCAAAUUCACUUUACAUCAUUUAAUCAGUUUGAUAAAGCCAUAGAUGCUGUAAAACAAGGACAUUACUGGGGUGUUGCUGCUAUUCAAUAUAAUUUUACACAAGCAAUUAAAAAUAAAUUAUUAGCAUUUCAAACAGAUCCAACUACGUUAAAUCAAUCAUCACUUCAUCUCUAUCUUGAUAUGUCGAAUCAACAACUCUCAAUAACAAUCCAAAGUGUAUUAUUAAAUAGUACAGAAUUAUUUCUAAAAGAAGUUUUAUCAAGUUAUAAAAUUGAUCCAUCAAUAGUUGAUCCUCCAGUAAUAAUAGAAAAUCCAUUAUAUGGAAAUGUUGUUCCAAAAUUUUUAAAUUUUGCUGCACCAGGAAUGAUGAUAUCAAUAAUAUUCUUUUUAGCAAUUGGUUUAACAGCAUUAAUAUUUGUUGUUGAAAAAAAAGAAGGCCUUUUAGAACGUAGUUGGAUUGCUGGUGUUACAACAAUUGAAAUAAUGCUUGCUCAUGUUAUUGUGAAAUUUUUUAUUCAAAUUAUUCAAAUUAUAUUUCUUAUCGUUUUUGCUGAUUUUAUUUUUAAAGUUGAAAUUAAAGGAUCAAUAUUUUUAUCAAUAAUGUUAAUUUUUGUUCAAGGAAUAUGUGGAAUGAGUUAUGGUCUUUUAAUAUCUUCAGUAUGUGAACAAGAAAUUGAAGUUAUGGAAGUGGCAAUAGGGAGUAUUUUUCCUAUAUUACUUAGUUCAGGUGUAAUUUGGCCACUUGAAGGCAUGCCAUCCGCCAUGCGUUUUCUUAGUAAUUUUACUCCAUUGACACAUCCUGUUGAAGCAAUGCGAUGUAUUGCUUCGCGAGGUUGGUCAUUCGGAUAUUUUAAAGUAUGGUUUGGUUUUGUUAAUGCUAGUGCAUGGAGUUUAGGAUUUUUCAUCAUUGCUGCUGUUCUUUUUGCUCUUAGAAAAUCAAUAAUGGAUGAUGUUACAAUUGAAGAUGAUUUGGAAUUAAGUCAAGAUCUAUCAUCUCAAACAAAAAGUCAACAUAAUUUUUUGAAAUCAUUUUCAAUAGUUGAAAUAUUGACUCAACCAUGGACAAUAUUUUUAUUGUUAUCAAUGGUUGUUGUUGUUUUUAUCUAUGUAAAACGAAAUCAACGACGAAAUCGGAAUUUACUUGGCGCUCGCGAUUAUAUUCGACAUGAUAAUAGUGGCGAAAAUCUUUCACAUAAUCAAUAUGAUGAUAUGGAACGUAUCCGACAAAAACAACAGAAAGCUUAUGAAGAACAAGCCUUGCGUCAUUUAGAACAAAAGAAAAUAAAAAUGGAAAAUAUGAAACCAAGAACAGAUGAAACUUCUAGUCGAUUAAAAUAUCGAUCAAAUGAUCAUAAUCCAUUAACAGGACAAUCAAAUCGUGGGUCAGGUGAUUCAUGUUCAUGGCGUCCAUCAUCAUCACGUCGAAAACCUGCUGGAGGAUGA